UUGCAGAAAACACUUAAGAGGAAUCCAAGUGUUGAUUUUGGAGGAGUAACAUCGCCUUCAGCAACAGAUGAACCGGACGUGGAAUGGGCUAACAUCAAACUGCGUAAGCGCAGUUCAAACGAAACGGCAAAGGCAGCAUCUAACGUCGAAGAAUCUGGGGAAAAUAACAAUGAACUAACAAAGGUUGUCCUGAGGAAACCGCGGAGUCACUCUGCUGGAGAUAUUCUGGAUGGAAAACCCAAAGAUGAGGCGACUUCAGAGCUGAAACGGAUUCUUAUGAAACAAAAAGCUGCGGCUGAGAAA